CCUUCUCUCCUCUGGAGGACUCCAUUUUGAAGAGACCGGGUGUGCAGUCAGAGCCUCAUUUCUUGAAGGGAUCUAUGUGUGUGUCUGAGUGUGUGAGUGUGUUGUCUUUUUUCCGGGUAGACUGCUCUGCUGCAUCAUUUCUUCAGACAAGAGAGGCGAGCUGUUGGAGGAUCUCAUUUGUGUAUUCUGUCGUCUUUCCUCUCAGGGCGCAUGUGUGCGUCUCGGGGUGAUUUUUAGAUGUUGGCACUAGUUGGUGACAUGUCAGGUGCUGACAGCCCGGUUUGGGUUAAUUGUUGAGGCUUUUAAUUAAAGGGAGGGGCAGGGCGGCUGGUUUGGAAGUGAAAGGUCGUCUUGUGUGGGUUUUUGGAUCUUACGGCCCCUCUUGUGCUCCAUGCUGUGGACCGGGGAGGGACACGCUGGUGACGACUGGUAGUGCGCAGAGCUCAGAAACGGACUUUCAAGAGGAAUCCACCAUCAUGCAUCCAUCUCUAGAGGGGGACUAUAAAGUUAUCCCAAAGCAAAUGAGGGAGGCUUGCUGGAGGAGCGCAGACAAGUGAUUUUUGUAAUUAUUGUUAUUCCAGGGGCCGCUGGAGCAGGGUUUAGCGCAUGUUUAGAGGGUGAGGGAGGGGUGAGGAAAGAGGUGGAGGUGGGGGGUAGAGCGAGUGAGAGAGGGAGGGAGCGAGCACAGGAUCCAGGCCUAGUAGUGCUGCCGCUGGGACUCUCCUCAUCCGCUGUCAAAAAAUUGGAAAUUUGCACCUUUAGACGCCAAAAUGCGCAGGAACCGAGUCGUUUUAGCGCUGCCACACAGCGGAAUGGGAGGCAUCGUGCCAACAUGAGUGGGCCUCACAGAGGCUCCGAUAGAAAGAGUCACCAGUCCAGCUGCCCUCUGACCCCUACCCGUGACCCCUCACAUCCCUUCAGACUCUACAAACAACCACUCGGCUUGACCAUGUCUGCCACUGCCUCUUCCCUCAAACAUACAUCUGUUUAUAGGUUCACACAAACGGACCACUCCUCCUCCUCUUCUUCUUCUUCUUCUUCCACCUACAGUCCCCUCAGGAGACUGCAGCAUCUCACCAGCAUGGUGAGCCAGCCGGACCUGGUCCUCCCAGUUAGGGAUCCAGAGAGGAGCUGGGAGUGGGCUGCACACAGGAAGGAAAAGAGUAAAACGGAGAGGGACUCCUGGUCUGAUUACAGGGAAUAUUCUGUCACCCAGAUUCCAAACCCCGAGGAGAGAUUCUCCCCAUCUUCUUGUGGACAGAAGCAACCCGAGGGCCAAAGUGGAAGCAAAAACACACCUCCUGAGAAUUGUAACGAUUCUGUUGUUACAGAGAAGAAGACGGGUUGUUUCUCAGGCCCACCGAGCCCAGCUUUCUCUCUGGACAGCAACAGCCCCUUUGCCAAUGGCCUUCUUCACUUUGAAUCCACUUUGUUUGGGACAGAAGAUGACGAUGAAGAACAAGGUACCACAUCUCCGAUCGAAGGUUUGCAGGAGAAAACCGAGACUGUUCCUCAGUCUCCCCACAGAAACACACUUUUGGACACAAAGGACACAGUGCUGUCAUCAGCUAAGGUGGUCACCCGCUCCCAGUCUUCAGGUCAGCGCAGGAGAUACUGGGACGGCUCGGAGGAUGAGUGGGACAGCGACACUGAGCUGUUCCUGUUUGAAGACAGUCCUUCUUGGCAAUCAGUGUUCUAUGAGAUGAAUCAGAAUUGGCCGAAAUCGGUGUUGGCAGGUCAGAGCUACACAAGGAUUGGAAAUCGAUCCUCCAAACCACAAUCGCAGCAGAACAACCUGAAGAAAAAACCUUUGCCUCCUGUGAAAUUUGUUGAGGGCGAAGUUGUUUGGGCGAAAUUCAGCCGAAGACCGUGGUGGCCGUGUGAAGUGGUGGUUGAUCCCUCACAGGGAGUUUUUCACAAACUAAAAGAGCCCAGUGACCGGCCUUGUCGACUUUACUAUGUCCGGACCUUUGGAGAGCCGAAGGACUUUUUCUGGGUGGAGGAGAAGUCAACUCACACUUUUCAUGGAGGCUUUGAAUUUGAACAACUCAUCCUGCUGCGACGAAGGGGGAAGCAAAGAGAACAAACCAGCAAAUACACUAUUGCAAAGCGUUUCCAGAAUUCCUGGAAAUCCAGUGUGGCGGAGGCCGAGUCCGUUUUGCCUGGGAGACCCAAAUUGACUUCCUCCAUGUCUUCAUCCACAGAUAGCACUUUCCCCUGUAGCUCAGCAGUAGAAGGAGAGAAUAAACCCCAUCCAACCUUUCCUCCUCCAGUUUCACCCACCUCUGCCCUUUCGGAGACAUUGCACAUAACAAAUGGAUCCAUUUCCUCCACAGGUACGCCUCCAAGGAAACCUAGCACUUUAAAGAAACCUUCUGGGAAGAAGAAACAAAAUAAAUCCCUAAAGGACACAUGGAGUAAAAACUCUAAAAAGACAUUGAACUGUAGCCCUGACCAAUCAGAGAGAGACAAUGGAGAGUGCCCAUACUCUGAUCUCGAAUCAGUUCCUAAGAUUUUAUGUCCUAAAGCACUUGAACGCCAGCCUAAGCUAGUUCCAGCUCAGCCUUCAGUCACUGUUGCCAAAGAGCUGAAGAAGCAGCCUGAGAUACAGAGUGGUCUUUGGUUUAGCAAGUCAGGUAAAGACAGGCGACCAAAGACUACCAGUUCAGUGCCGGAUCGUUCGCUCUUUAGUAAGGUGCCCUGUAAGAAAAAGAACAUCUCCACUGUUAGCAAAAAGACGCUUGUUUCUUUUGCCUCCUCAUUUGGUGGUGGGUCUAAUGACCAGGCACCAUUGUUAGAUAAGCAUAAGACAACUGAAAACAAUCCACUACUUGAACAGCCAGGAUCUUUGAAGUGUAAAACCGUUGAGGGCAGCACAAAUAGUAGUUCUGUAGACCAGUCAGGGUUUUUGAACAAAGAGAAGACCCAGUCGUCCGCAGAAAGAGCAUUUUCAAAGGAUAUACAGAUAGUCAGCAAUUCAACUGAUCUUGCUACUGACCAUUCAUCUGAUCUGUUGGGUAGCUCAGAUGUUCCUGAAGAUGUGGAGUCCUCAAAGAAAGUUCAGUUUAAUGACAAAUCUAGUGUUUUGAAGAGUUUAAAAAGUGUCAGUGAAGCCAAACUGUCAUCUGUAACAUCAAAUAAGCAUGUCAGUAAAACUGACAAGAUCUUGGACAAAGAAAAAGAAAGCAACAAGACUUUGGCCUCCUGUUUACAGGCUGGAAUGAAUGAUCCAGAGUUGACACUACAGGAGCAAACAAGUCUGGUUUCUAAGUGUAGGCUGCCCUUUGUGAAACUGAUCCGUAAGGAAAUCAAUGAUAAGAAACAUCUGAACUCCGAUGUGACCAUUUGUCUCACUGACCAAGCUGAGUGUGCAAAGAAAGAAAAGACAUCAGAAGUUAAAACAUCUUCUUGCCAAUCAGACUGUGUAAACAGGAAGUCAAGCUCCUCUGUUAAUAAUUUAGGAUCCUCAAAGGUCUCGGUCAAGAAGUUAAGAGCUAGUGGUGGUUCUGAUGUGAUUCGUCUCUCAUUGGAAUCGUCUCAUGAGGGAAAUACCAUGGCUUCUGAUAAAUCUGUUGAUGAGCUGGUUGGCCUGGAAGAAAAACAGGUACCAAUUUCAAAAGUAAGUCCAAACAAUGGGACUUACUCAUCACCCACAAAAUCAGACCAGUCGGAAAAUGAAAAGACUCCUGUCAAAUCUUCUGACCGGUUAGAUGGCACUGACCAAGUCACAGCUUUUAAUCCAUCUCCUCAGCCUUCUCAUCCUUAUGGAGAUCAAGGUUGUAGAGAAUCUUUAGUUCCUGAAGACCUGUCUUCUCAGGAGUCUAAGACUGCCAUUGUUUUAAAGUUAGUUCCAGAAGUGAAUGAAGUCCUAAAUGAGCAACCUGCCCACCUCCCUGCCAGCAAUCGGCUGAUGACCAGAGCACUGAAAGCCAUGCAUGAGGUCGACCAGAAGCAAGGUAAAGCCCAGCAUGAAGUUGAACAAAAGCAGCUCUUAAACCCUUUGAGACAAGAGUUUGAGUGGAAAGAGGCCAAACUGGAUGCCUGCAAUAAAAUAAACUUUCUAAAACCUCAUCACACUGACAAUGGUGAGAGUGAUCAAGGUACCAUUUCUAGCUGCAGCUCCCCAUCUUUAAUACUUUCUGAUUCAAAUGAUGUUAAGAGUGAAGAUGAAGACCUAUCAACUCCACCAAUGGACUUCAUUCCUCUAACGUCUAAAGUAAAGGCAAGGCCUGAAGAUCAGUCCUUGAACACACAACCCCCAUUACCCCCAACAUCACCAUUUUCCUUUAUUAAUGAUUUUAAAAAUGCAGAGGUUGUUUCCUUUCAGUCCCUGGCAAGUAAGAACAAUGGUAAACCCAUCUCAUUCAAGACAGACACAAAUUACAAGUUCAGCACAUUUCUUAUGAUGUUGAAGGACUUGCAUGACACUAGAGAGCGAGAAGGGGCUCCUCUGGAACUGGAGAUUGGACCACCAAGUGCACAUGUCAAGGAGGAACCUUCGUUGCUGCCACAGGAGGAUCUGCCAGCAGAACAUAUUCAAAACGUGGAAUUUGUUUCUACCCAAACCAAUUCAAGUCCAGUUGAACAGGAGUCCAGUUCAAUUCACAAACCCAAAAGGCCCUACUACAGAAGGGGCUCCCAUUGGCUGAAAAGGAAAAACAAUCGCAGAGUGCCUUCUCAUUCUGCGAGGUCUAGACCUGGCUUUCCAGGAUAUGAGUCCUCAUCGGCCAAAACUUCCCUCCCAGAAAUGAACUCAACAUCAGAAGUGUCAUUAAGGGUGUUGGACAUUCAAAGCAGCAGCAGGGAGGACCAGGUUGAAGGCAGUGGAGGAAUGGUUAGUCAAGAGGAAGAUGAGGAGAGGUGGAUCAGAUUGAAGGGGAAUGAAGAGAUGAUGGUGCCUUUGGAGCAGGAGGAACAGGAAAACCAGCUUGUUGCAGAUUUCACCAAGAAGAGUCCAGGACUGACGCAUGAUGUUGGAGACGGAGACAAGGCUCAAUCAGAAAACAAACGGAUUAGAAAACCCAGCAAGAGGCUGAUUGAAUGGACCGAAGAGUACAACCAGAUUUUCCCCACGAAGAAGAAAACCAAAAAGCCUCUCCAGUUGAUUGGAAAGACCACCGAACCCAUUACCUCCAUGUCAGAGUUAUCUGAGUUGGACCAGAACGAACAUGAACGCUCGUCCUCGACCUUGCCUCUUGAAAUACUGACCCCACCUCCUGAGGAGAUCACUUCAGUGACAACAUCUGAGCUGCACAUUCCUAGAAGUGAACACGCAUCUAUCCAAGAUCUGCCGAUGCUUUCCAUGAACACCCUAACACCGCCCCCUGAAGCCAAACACUCACCGUCAGAAGGCCUCACCAAAGACAAAGAUGGAACUCCUGUUUUGGAGAAAAAGCGAAAGAGGAAACCGACUCAGAAGAUCCUGGAGUAUUGUCUGGAGGCCGAGGCAACAACAGGGCCGAAGAAGAAGAUAAAAGGACUGAAGAAUAAUUCAAAUGCUGCUUUUCAGUCUGUCUCAGAUUCUGCUCUGCCAUCUUUAAAACCCAAGAACAAACCUCAUCCAUCCUCCAUCGCCACCCCAGCUGAUGACAUCACCACCUGUGCAUCCGAACCUUCCAAUCAGAACCCUCCUAGACCCUCCACCUCCACGCCUUUCCAGUCUGAACCCAGACAGGUGGAGGCGGCACCAGCAGAUGCUUCUCAGCUUGAUGACAACAUUAAUAGCAGUCCAGAGGACACAAAAGAAACAACAGAGUCAGAGGGCGAUCUGUCAGGGUUGGACCAAAGUUUCUCCUCCAUGAAGGACAACCUGUCUCUGUGUGAUGACACUCUGUCACCUACGAGGAAGAUCAUCGGAGACCGAGGAGGGCCGGCUUCUAUGAAGGAGAACGUGUGUCAGAUAUGUGAGAAGACUGGGGAGCUGCUGCUCUGUGAGGGUCAGUGUUGUGGAGCUUUCCACCUGCCCUGCAUCUCUCUGGCCAAGGCUCCAAAAGGAAAGUUUGUCUGUCCUGAGUGUAAAUCAGGCAUCCAUACCUGCUUUGUGUGUAAGAAGCGCAGCGAGGAUGUGCGACGCUGCAUGAUUCCUGUCUGCGGGAAGUUUUAUCACGGCGAGUGCAUUGCAAGCUACGCUCCAACCGCACCUGUGAACCGAGGUUUCCGCUGCUCGAUCCACGUCUGCCUCACCUGUUUCAUCACCAGUCCCAACAGCUCGUCCAUCUCUAAAGGUCGUCUGGUGCGGUGUGUUCGAUGCCCGGUGGCUUAUCACGCCAAUGACCUGUGCAUGGCAGCAGGCAGCAUGGUGCUCUCCAACAACAGCAUCAUCUGUCCCAACCAUUUCACUCCCCGACGACGGUACAAGAACCACGAACACGUCAACGUUAGCUGGUGCUUUGUCUGCACUGAAGGAGGAAGCCUGCUGUGCUGUGAGUCCUGUCCUGCUGCGUUUCACCGCGAGUGUCUGAACAUCGAGAUGCCUAAAGGCAGCUGGUUCUGCAACGACUGCAAGGCGGGAAAGAAACCUCGUUAUAAGGACAUCCUGUGGGUGAAGGUUGGACGCUACAGAUGGUGGCCCGCAGAGGUUAGCCAUCCCAAAACCAUCCCAGAGAACAUCCAGCGGAGGAGGCACGAUGUCGGGGAAUUCCCUGUUCACUUCUUCGGCUCCAAUGACUACCUGUGGACCUACCAGGCCAGGGCCUUCCCUUACAUGGAUGUGGAUGCCAACAGUAAAGAAAAGAUGGGGAAAGGUGUUGAUGCAACCUACAAAAAAGCGUUGGAGGAGGCAGCUGUGAGGUUUCGUGAGCUGCAGGCAGAGAAGGAGCUUCGGCAGCUUCAGGAGGACAAAAAAAAUGACAGGAAGCCUCCACCGUAUAAACACAUUAAGGUAAAUCGACCAAUAGGAAAAGUUCAGAUCUUUACUGCCGACCUAUCAGAAAUCCCACGUUGUAACUGCAAGUCUUCAGAUGAGAGUCCAUGUGGGAUGGACUCAGAGUGCAUCAACCGGAUGCUGUUGUAUGAAUGCCACCCUCAGGUUUGUCCGGCGGGUGAGCGGUGCCUCAAUCAGGCAUUCACCAAGCGUCAGUACAGCCAGGUGGAGAUUUUCAGGACUUUGUCUCGAGGAUGGGGCCUUCGCUGUAUCCACGACAUCAAGAAGGGUCACUUUGUGACGGAGUACGUCGGGGAGGUGAUCGAUGAAGAGGAGUGCAGGUCGAGAAUCAGACACGCACAAGAGAACGACAUCUGUAACUUUUACAUGUUAACUCUGGACAAGGACCGAAUCAUCGACGCUGGUCCAAAGGGAAAUGAGGCUCGCUUCAUGAACCACAGCUGUCAGCCCAACUGUGAGACACAGAAGUGGACGGUGAGCGGAGACACCCGGGUGGGACUGUUUGCGCUUGUUGACAUCACUGCAGGUACAGAACUCACGUUUAACUACAACCUGGAGUGUCUGGGGAACGGGAAGACGGUAUGUAAAUGUGGGGCGCCAAACUGCAGUGGCUUCUUGGGUGUCAGACCAAAGCAGAACAACCCUCCGUCUGACGAUAAAGGCCGUAAGCUGAAGAGGAGAGGCCCCGGCAGAAGGAAGAAGAAGGUGGUGAUGACCAAGGAAAGGGAGGACGAAUGUUUCAAGUGUGGGGAUGGAGGGCAGAUGGUUUCCUGUAAGAAACCUGGAUGUCCUAAAGUUUAUCACGCAGACUGCCUGAACCUCACAAAGAGACCUGCAGGUCGUUGGGAAUGUCCAUGGCACCAGUGUGACUUAUGUGGUAAAGAGGCGGCAUCUUUUUGUGAAAUGUGUCCCAGCUCUUACUGCCGCCAGCACAGAGAAGGCCUCCUCUUCAUCUCCAAGCUGGACGGCAAGCUGUGCUGCAAUGAGCAUGACCCCUGUGGGCCGGAGCCCCUGGAGCCAGGGGAGAUCCGGGAAUAUGUACCAGAACAAAGUUCUCAAAACUCUGGGCUGGGCAUGGCCGUCCUUCCCUCUGCUGCCUCCAGCGCCACAGACAGCCUCAACCAGACAGGCAGCAGCAACAAGAAGGUUGGCAGGAGCAGCACCAGGAGAGAAACACCCGAGGCUUUUCCUGCAUUUUCCAUCCCGGUGUCCAUCACUGUCCCCAUCGCUGCUCCUGCCACCUCUCCAUCUCACAGCAGCUCCAGUUCUCCUGGGAGCCCACACGUCUUUGACGUCCCUCACUACUCUCCCAUCUCCUCAUACGAAGAGGAACGGGAUGUGUUAGACGUGGAUGAAGAGGAGCUGCUGGCAGAGGAGGAGGAGCUGGUGGAAGAGGGUGAAGUAAGAAGGCAGAAAUCAGACACUCAGAAGGAAGAUGGAGAGGAGGUGGAUCUGGAAUACCUUGAGCUCAAAGAUGAAGACGACGAGGACGAGGAGGAGGAGGAUGAAGAUGAAGAAGAGGAGGAGGAGGAGGAGGAGUGAUGCACAUUUCCAACUCAGUCACUACAGUGAAGUAGCACUUAAAGAUGAAUCAAUCACAGUAUCAUUUAAUGAUAAAGUGGAUGUACGAAGAGAUUUUUAGAAGAAAAUAAAUCAUAAAACAAAUAAAUUAUGAAGCUUAUAAAGAAAAUAUUAACAUAUAAAUAUUACGGUCACAUCGUGUCAUUUGUCCUGGGUUUUUUACUUUUUACCUCAUCACACGUGUACAGAAUCAUCUGGAACUGCUACAAGAACCGUUUAAACCAGUUUCUCUUUGGUAUUUUGGAUUUUCUUUCACACAAACUUUUCCUCCUACUUUUUCUCCGCUCCAGUAUUUUAGGGUUGUUACAAGUCUGAUGUGUUUUAGCUUGAAUUAAGAGUGCAGGGUGGACUGAUCUGUCCAUUCCUGGAGUUUUCCAUUUCCCAGAACGUUUCUUCACAUCCCUACUGGACUUGAUCUCAUUCUUAUGGGACUAGUUGUGGUUUGAUUGGACGAUGCUGUUGCCGAACAUCAUGAAAGAGGUUCCACCCAGAACCUGAGCAUUGGACUUUAGGAAGAAAAUCAUGUAUCAAGUGAAAUUAAUUCAGAUUAUCGACUGGUUUCAUCUGUCAGAUUGUAUUUUACUUGUAUGCAAAACUAGAUGAAUUAGAAUGUGGAUUUAAAUUUGAACUUUUAUGUUAAAAGUGGCCAAAAGCCAUUUUAAAGCAGCUCAUGAGUUAAUGAUCAGCUCCAUGAAUAAGACAGACUGAGUCCUUUUGUAAAAUAACAGGCCAGAUUAAACCAAACACAGGUAGGUGCUCCGGUGUGUUUGCGGUGCUUUCUUGUCAUUAAACGCUGUUCUGUGACGCACAAACGAAGGCGAGGGCGAGCUGGCAGAUGGAGCUCCGUCUUGUCCUCUUGGACUGGAAGUCAGGUGCUUGAUCUGUUCCCGUUUUGUUCUGUCUACAAGCUGAAUAUUGUCUUUGUGUGUUAUCUGCCAAUGCCUUAGACUGGAUUUGGUCUUGAGAUCUUUUUAUGGGAAGGAUUUUGUGUUUGAGAGCCACAUUUCCUUAAAAAUGCCUUUCUACAGUCUCCCACCAGUUCAUGUCUCGUACCCGGUGUAUUUAUGAUGUCGAUCUCAACGACUGACCUGUUCCAACGACUGCUAUAUAAACACAUUUAAAAAAAGGA